AUGGAUCGUGGUGUCAGUGCUAUUGGUGGUGAUUUAGCUGAAGUUCAGGCUGUCUUUCAUGCUUGUUUGCAAGUUGGGAGGAUCGAACGGGCUGGUGCGAUUCUUCGCCGGUUGUCCAACGUGGAGCUAUCUAUGGUAGAGAUGGUGUACCUUCAGCAUCAAUACCUUCGAGCUGCUGUAGCACAAAUCAUGGCCAAUCCUACCGAAGCUGCGAUGCAAGACCUCCAUAAAUGGUUUGAGCUCGAGAUCAGAUCGAAAGGCAUUCCUCAAGAUGUGGAGAUGGUUGCAUAUAUGGUUAAAGCGGCUCUUCAGUCGCCAGGUGGACAAAGGGAAAGGCUUGUUCGUCGAUACAUGGACAUGCUCGACAGGGAGGCAAGUCUGGAACUUUUGCAAUACGCAGCAGUCUUGACCGCUCACGAACUAAAUCACAUCACCCACAUCUAUCCGAACUAUAAUUAUGAAUCAUCUCAUAUAGAGGAAGAAGAUGUAGACCUUCAAUCCGUCGCCCCCGAAGCCUCGGAGCAAGUUCAUGUCGAUGCAGAGCGAUCUAUUCCAGGCGUGAAACCCACGGAUCUGAAAGGAAUGGGCUUGAAAUCGCUCAAAGCAUCACUCUCUCUAUUUUCGAAGCUUCCGAGUGAAGGCAUUGACAUUGCCACUGCUAGCCCAGAGAUGAGGCGAGAGAUCCAAGGUCGUUUAGAGAGUGAUGCUGUGGAGUCUGCAAUUGCAAGGUGGAGGGAAGAAAGCGCUCAUCUUACAAAGAUGGGUCUGAACACAAGUCUUCAGACAAAAUCUUUGGGGGGAAGGAUGUGGAAAUGGCAAGUGGCUCUCGAGCAACACUUGAAAGCGGAACUUGUCAAGAUCGAAGAAGCCGAAGUACCUUCAGCCAGAAAAUCCACUGAGGACCAGGACCGAUGUAUAUACGGUCCAUUUUUGCGUACGAUACCUCCUCAAAGACUGGCAGCUGUAACGAUCCUAUCGACCAUGGGUGCUUUGGGUUCACUGGGCGUGGAUAAGGGUAUGCCGUUAUCCACCGCAAUUAUGGCCAUAGCCAAGAGUGUCGAGGACGAAAGCGCAUACGAGGCCUUGCAACGGAGUAGGAAAAGCAACAUAUGGCCUGCAUCCAAGAAAGACAAAACCUUGUUCUCCAGAGAAGCUAUCUUGAAAGCUACUCGUGGUCGUAGGGCAGGAGCUGUGGCAAAGUACGCGAAUCGUUUCUUGGAUCAAGCAACCGCCCUUCCACAACACGAAUGGCCCAUGGCCAUGAGAGCCAAAGUUGGUGCAUUCUUGAUGUCGGCUUUGGUGGAAGUUGCGCAAGUGCCAGUGACUCUGACACAUCCAAAAACCAAGGAGACCGUCACACAGAUGCAACCUGCAUUUUCACACUCGUUUCAGUAUAAGAUGGGCAGAAAGCUUGGAGUUAUUGUGGCAAACAAGGCCAUAGUCGAGCAGUUGAAGCGAGAGCCAGUACAUAGUCUCCUGGCAAAGCACUUGCCAAUGCUUGUGCCACCCGAGCCGUGGUCACUAUUCGACAAAGGCGGUUUCAUAUCUCAUCCAGGGAAAGUGAUGCGAAUCAAGGCUGGUGACAAGGACCAGAGGCAUUACGUGGAUGCUGCAAUCGACCAAGGCGACAUGAAAAUAAUGUUCGAUGGCUUGAACGCUCUAGGCAGGACACCUUGGCGAAUCAACCAGCCGGUUUUCGAUAUCAUGCUGGAAGCGUGGAACUCCGGCGAGGCAAUCGCCAAUAUUCCUGCUGAAAAUCCGAAAAUCUCGAUCCCUCCAGAGCCCGAGCCAUCAACAGAUCCCUUAGAACGACGUCGAUGGAUUCGAGCUGUAAAAAACGUGGAGAAUGCUAAAGGUGGUUUGCAUUCGCAGCGCUGCUUUCAGAACUUUCAGAUGGAAAUUGCCCGGGCACUGAGGAAUGAACAAUUUUAUUUCCCUCAUAAUAUCGACUUCCGCGGCCGGGCUUAUCCAAUACCGCCGUAUCUCAAUCACAUGGGCGCCGACCACUGCAGAGGUCUCCUCACGUUUGGUGAAGGCCGAGAGCUUGGGGAAACGGGAUUGAAGUGGCUCAAGAUACAUCUCGCCAAUGUCUUCGGCUACGAUAAAGCUAGUCUGAGGGAACGGGAGGAGUUUGCUAUGAAACAUCUCGAUUCCGUGAUCGACUCUGCAACUAAGCCCUUGGUUGGUGCUCGUUGGUGGCUCGAGGCCGAGGAUCCUUGGCAAUGUCUGGCGGCCUGCAUUGAGCUCAAUAAUGCGCUCAGCUCCCCUGAUCCAUCUCGAUUCGUUUCUCACCUCCCAGUGCACCAAGAUGGUACCUGUAACGGACUCCAACAUUACGCAGCUCUUGGUGGUGACCUAUGGGGCGCUAAACAGGUCAAUCUGGAGCCUGGUGAUAGGCCUGCGGAUGUCUACACAGCUGUGGCGGAGUUGGUGAAGGCACAAAUCGCCGACGAGAAGAAGAAGGGGGACCCAAUGGCAAUCAUCCUCGAUGGCAAAAUCACUCGCAAAACAGUCAAGCAAACAGUCAUGACCAACGUGUACGGUGUGACUUUUAUUGGUGCCAAAGCACAGGUUCGGAAGCAGCUGGUCGCAGCGUACCCAAACCUUCCGACCACGGACACAAUCAAUUUGGGAACCCUCUCUUCAUACGUGGCUACUAGAAUAUUCACGGCUCUAUCCACCAUGUUUAAAGGCGCUCAUGACAUUCAGCACUGGCUUGGGGAUUGUGCCAGCAGAAUUUCGACCUGUAUAACUCGGGAGCAGCUGUCACGUCUAGAGUCUGAGUGGUCCAAACUCUCUGGGCCGAAAGACCAGAGGUAUGUGCCGAAAAUCGAAGAUCUAGUUCAAUUCAAGUCUAGUGUAAUUUGGACAAAUCCAGUCCAUAUGCCAGUGGUACAGCCAUAUCGCAACUCAAAAGCCAAGGUUGUUCCGACGAACAUGCAGAUGCUCAGUCUGUCAGAACCGCAUCGGUCAGAUCCGGUCAGUAAGCGAAAACAAUUGCAAGGAUUUCCGCCAAACUUCAUCCAUUCAUUGGAUGCCACACAUAUGAUUCUCUCUGCUAUACGUUGCGAUGAGCUUGGAUUAUCGUUUGCCGCCGUACAUGAUUCCUUCUGGACUCAUGCCUCAGAUGUGGGAACAAUGAAUCGAGUUCUGAGGGACGCUUUCAUCCAAAUCCACACUGAUGAUGUUGUGGGACGUCUCAGUGCCGAAUUUGCUGCUCGAUACAGUGGUUGUGUAUACCUCCGAAAACUUCCGCACACAUCACCAGCGUACAAAAAGAUUAUGCAAUGGCGUGCAACCCGGGCCGAGCAGCGCGCGCGUCUUCGAAGCACUCCACGCGGCUUGCUGUUCGCUGACGAGCUGAAAUUGGAGUCCAAACGUCAGAGACUACUUAGCUCGUCAAAUCCUAAAGACAUUGAGAAAGGCAAAGCGAUGAUAACGGCUGCCAGUAUCUUCGAAGAAGCCGACACGUCCAGUGCACACAGCGUUGAUGAAGGGCUCGAGCUUGCUAGACUCGGACAGGUAUCUUCCUCUGGUGAGCAGAGCACAGAAUGUAUAUCACGUGACGCAAAUGACGAUGAAGCUCGACCAUCCGAAAACAUGGAUUCAGAUGAAGAAUUGAUGGAUGCAGACGCUGACAAGGCGAAAACUUCCCCAGAGGACAAGCUCAGCGGCUUCGAGAAGUUACUUUUACCCCGACAUACAAAGUAUCCUCAAAUUACUGCUACUUCGAUCUGGCUUCCUCUGACCUUUCCCCCGGUCCCGAAAAAGGGGGAGUUUGAUGUCUCAAGACUGAAGAACAGCGAGUACUUCUUUUCAUGA